GUUGUAUUACGUGUGCGGGGACCUUCUUCGCAGGUUUCUGUAUGCGGAGUGGUGCGGAGGCCGUUUAGGCUAUUCGGUGAACAGAGUUGACGGAAUUUUGUGGAAUUUAUUUUCAGAAUUGGCUGUUAUAGGAAUUUGACAUUCAACAACGAUGUUCAGCAACCGCAUGUCAACAAUCUUGCGGUUGGCCGCACAGGAGCAGCAAUGGCAGCAGCAGAGAGGCAUGGCCACUCUCAAGGCUAUCUCUAUACGUUUGAAAUCCGUCAAGAAUAUUCAAAAGAUUACACAAUCCAUGAAGAUGGUGUCAGCAGCCAAGUAUAAUCGUGCGGAGCGUGACUUGAAACAAGCUCGUCCUCUUGGUGUUGGUACAAAGAUAUUUUAUGAGCAGGCUGAUAUCCAAGCACCAUCUGAGGAGCCAAAGAAGCUUGUCAUCGCUGUGACCAGCGAUCGUGGCCUAUGUGGUGCUGUGCAUACCGGUGUGUCCCGUAAUAUUCGCGACCGAUUGCUGGCUGAUUCCAAAGAACGUGAGAACACAAAGAUUAUAUGCAUUGGUGAGAAGUCCCGAGCAAUUCUCCAGCGACUGUUUGCGAACAACAUACUCUUUGUUGCAUCCGAAGUCGGUCGUAAACCACCGACAUUCAACGAUGCAGCUAAAGUAGCCAUACAAGUCAUGAACAGCGGUUAUUCCUUCGGCUCUGGACGUAUAGUUUACAACAAAUUUAAGUCCGUAGUGUCAUACGCGGUUGACGAUCUGCCGUUAUUCGAUAAAAACGCAGUGGUCACUGCGCCAAAACUGUCGGUAUAUGACUCGUUGGACGAGGAGGUGAUACAGAGUUACUUGGAAUUUUCGCUUGCCUCAUUGUUAUUUUACUCAAUGAAGGAAGGUGCUUGCAGCGAACAGUCCAGCCGUAUGACAGCAAUGGACAAUGCCAGCAAGAACGCCGGUGAAAUGAUCGACAAACUCACUCUCACAUUCAAUCGUACUCGGCAAGCUGUGAUCACCAGAGAAUUGAUUGAAAUUAUCUCUGGUGCCGCUGCGCUGGCUUAAGAAUAUUUCAAAGAAAUAUUAGUUUCUCAAUUUAUAGAGACGGUAACUAGAAUGAAAAUAUGUUGCUGGAGAAAAAAGAACGGAGAGGAAAGCUGUGAACAUAUGUUAAGCUGCCGAAAUAUUAAAUUCUCGAUCAACUUGGAUGGACUUCGAUCUUCAGAGUUACUUUGUAAACAUCAAGAAUGGUAUAUACUUAUUAUCUGUUAUUUAUAUGUCCAAGUUGUUCAAUAAAUCAACCGAAUUAUAAAAG